AUGUCUACACCGGGAGAGUACUAUCGGUCCUUACCACCCGUGAGCAAGACAUAUGGGGUGGCUUGUUUAAUGACCACAGCUGCCUAUUAUCUUGGUCUUUACCAUCCCAGUUCCAUAGCACUUAAUUAUGAAGAUGUAAUCAAACGUUUUCAGAUUUGGAGGCUAAUUACCAACUUUUUCUUUCUUGGGCCAUUUUCAUUCCCCUUUGCAUUUCGCCUUAUAAUUAUAGCAAGAUAUGGCGUUCAACUGGAGAGAGGACCAUUUGAUAAGAGAACAGCAGAUUUUGUGUGGAUGUUCUUCUUCGGGGCACUGUCUCUUCUGGUGAUGGCUGCUGUUCCAUUUCUUUGGUCUCGAUUUAUGGGAGUUUCUCUGGUUUUUAUGAUAGUCUAUAUUUGGGGACGUGAGUUUCCAAAUGCAACCAUCAGCAUAUAUGGCCUUGUGUCACUAAAGGGAUUCUAUCUUCCCUGGGCAAUGCUAGCAUUGGAUUUGAUUUUUGGCAAUCCGCUAAUGCCUGAUAUCCUUGGAAUGCUUGCUGGACAUCUCUACUACUUCCUCACGGUGCUUCAUCCACUCUCUGGUGGAAAAUACAUAUUCAAGACCCCUAUUUGGGUUCACAAAUUAGUAGCAUUCUGGGGCGAGGGAACGCAAGUAAAUGCUCCAGUGCAGCGUGAUCCAUUUGCCGGGAUUGCUUUCCGCGGAAGAAGUUAUCGUCUCAAUGGCACCAGAAGUAACACUACAGAGCAAGCACAGGCAAAUUCUCAAACGCAGCAGCCUAAUUCAAAUGAUGGAGUGGCUUUUCGAGGAAGAGGCCAUCGUCUCGGUGGCCAGUAG